CACCGAUGGUGUCACCCGGGAUCAGCAGCUGUCCUCCCGGCUAAGGAGCCAGACCCUGCACGCCAGCAGCCCCGGCACAGCAGCGGCCCCAGGACCGCAGCAGCUGAGGCCCCCCGGCUCCAGGCGCUCUCAGAGCGCUGCUGCUGCACCAGGAACCGCAGCACCCCAGCGCGGCAGCACGCUAGAAGGAGGGUGGAAAAGACGAAAUGCAAACAGAAGCCACAAGCAACUUCAGCUACUCUAUCAAUGGCAGCAACUGCACCAGUGAUAACAGAAUCAGACAGGUCAUCUUCCCCUUGCUUUACACUCUUCUCUUCCUGGUGGGUCUCACUAUGAAUGGCCUGGCAACGUGGAUCUUCUUCAAAAUAUCAAGUAAAUCAAAUUUCAUCAUCUUCCUCAAGAAUACUGUCAUUUCUGACAUCCUCAUGAUUCUGACUUUUCCAUUUAAAAUCCUCAGCGACGCACAGUUGGUACCGUGGGUGCUGAGAGGAUUUGUGUGCCAGGUCAGCCAGGUCGUAUUUUACUUCACCAUGUACAUCAGCAUCUUGUUUCUCGGGUUGAUAACCAUUGAUCGCUAUCAGAAAGCCACCUCGCCAUUCAGAACGUCAACCACAAGGAGCCUUCUAGGCGCCAAGAUCCUCUCCAUGGCUAUUUGGAUAUUGAUGUUUACUCUUUCAUUACCCAACAUGAUUCUAACAAACAAGAAAACCCCUAAGAAUGUAAAAAAGUGUGCUCUCUUGAAAUCUGAGUUUGGCUUAGUCUGGCAUGAAACCGUAAACUACAUCUGCCAACUUAUCUUCUGGGUUAAUUUAAUGGUCAUAGUUGUAUGCUACAUACUUAUAAGCAAAGAACUGUAUAAGUCCUAUCAGAGGACAAGAUGCACGGGAAGACCAUCCAAAAAAUCUGUAAAUCUGAAGGUUUUUAUCAUAAUCGCAGUGUUCUUUAUUUGUUUUGUGCCAUUCCACUUCACCAGAAUUCCCUACACUUUGAGCCAAACAAGAAAUGUUUUUGACUGUUCCGCAAUGAACACCUUGUUUUACUUAAAGGAGAGCACGCUGUGGCUGACAUCGCUGAACGCUUGCCUAGAUCCAUUCAUUUACUUCUUCCUUUGCAAGUCGUUUCGAAAGUCCUUGCUAGGCAUGCUGUGCAAGGACACCGCGUCGCCAGGACUCGGAGCACAGAUAGCGGGGCAGAAUGAAAGGGACGACACUGAGGACACCCCACUUUAGCACAAAGGACCACCCAACCCUGCCUG